CGCUUCAAACUAAAACCAAUUUCUUCUUUUACUAACAUACACUGUUGAAAAGAUUUUCGAAAAAUGUUCAAUAUAUUUUUCAGACUUCAUGCUCCCUUGUGCCCGGUAAAAUGGACGUUUUCAAAAUAGAUCAAUCGUUAAGCGGUAACUUGGGUAGUUCUCCCACCUCUGAAAAAAUUAAUCAGCAGGAUAUUAGCUUUGAGGCGGGUUCCGAAUUCAAUUUAUGUUUUUUCGACACUCCUGAAGAUACUCAAGGAUUUAGCGAUCCUAGUUCUGUUGGUUCCACGACAAAUGGUUCACCUCCACCCCAACAAUUGACACCUUUACACAUUCCCCUAACGGUUACGCCAGUUCAGAGCCCGAUUUUGCUUGCUUCUCCUGGAGGAACAACUUCAACGAUUACUGUAAAACAAGAACAACAUUACGUCGCCGCAGAUUCCAACAGUGCUUCAACUACUAAGUCCUUUGUACCCUGUAAAGUUUGUGGUGACAAAGCAUCAGGGUACCAUUACGGAGUGACUUCCUGUGAGGGAUGCAAAGGAUUUUUCAGAAGAAGUAUUCAGAAACAAAUAGAAUAUCGAUGCCUACGAGAUGGCAAGUGCCUAGUGAUACGAUUAAACAGAAAUAGAUGCCAGUACUGCCGGUUCAAAAAAUGUCUUGCUGUAGGAAUGUCUAGAGAUUCUGUUCGAUACGGCAGAGUGCCAAAGCGGUCAAGGGAAAGAAGUACCGACGAGCCAUUGAGAGUGACAACAUCAGAUGCGGAUCAAUCGGAUGCUGAAACGAAACAAUUAGCCGUAUACGACAUGAUCCUUAGUGUUUCUCAAGCUCAUCAUGCGAAUUGUGGGUACACGGAAGAACACACUAAGAAUAUAUCACGAAAACCUAUAAUUCUUCCUCCCGCGAGUCCUGAAUCAGAUAGUGAGGUUGCUUCUUCUACUGCUGAAUCCAUGGAAAUGGAAAGAUGCUGGUUAUGGCAACAAUUUGCUUCUAACAUUACGCCGUGCGUUCAAAGGGUAGUUGAAUUUGCUAAGAGGGUUCCUGGAUUUUGCGACUUAGGACAGGACGAUCAACUUAUUUUGAUUAAAAUGGGAUUUUUCGAAAUUUGGUUGAGUCACGUUGCGAGAUUGACCUCUAAUACUUCAAUGAUGUUUGAUGAUGGUACUACAGUUAGCAGACAGCAGUUGGAGACAAUGUAUGAUGGCGAUUUCACACAAUCCGUAAUUCAUUUUGCCGCAAGUUUCAACGCUUUGGCACUCAACGAUACUGAGGUAGGACUAUUUUCGGCUGUCGUUCUUCUAACAGCGGACCGACCCGGCAUUACAGAUGUAAAGACAAUAGAACAACAUCAAGAUAAACUAAUAGAAGCUUUAAAAGUUCAGGUUGGACGUAAUCAUGCAAGCGAACCACAAAUAUUUUCCAAUUUACUUAUAAAAUUACCAGAGCUGAAAAAUCUGGGAGCUAAACACACAGCCCAUCUCGACUGGUUUCGAAUGAACUGGACGAAGCUCACGCUACCUCCUCUAUUUGCGGAAAUUUUUGACAUUCCUAAAACAGAAGACGAUCUCCAGUGACAUACUAGAAGGUUAAAAGAAAAUGGCGUACGAUUCCGGAAAUAAAUAAGUUGAAAAUGUGAUCGCCGUGAAUCUUGCUGUUUUAUGCCUCAACUUGCUCAAAUUGUGCUACAAGGCUGAAAAAAGAUUGUGGAGAAAUUUAUUUUCUCUUUUAGAUGAGUCAUAUAAAAUAACUAGGAUUUUUAGGGAUCUUCUGAAACUAUAAAAAGGGGAUGAUUUACUAACAAUAUAUAACUUUAAAUUGUUACGAAGUGAUGUGGAACUAUUAGUCUAAGAUCCCACAGCAAAAUCACUACGUUCAUAACUUAGUUAAAAUCACAUUUUUCUAUUUUAAGAUAUAAGAAUACAUUGAUAACAGGUUGCCGGUCACAAAGUGGCUACAAAUAGUUUUAAUUAAAUUAAUAAAAAUUCAUUAAAAAAAAUUCGUUCAUAACGUA